ACCAACGAGCUUCCACCUUACGAACCUCUACAACAUCCUCUCAGCGUAGCCAGCCGCGACAAGCUGCGCGUACUCGCAAACCCCAACAAGUUCCAGGCAAACCACAACUUGCUAGCCGAAGUCAUCUCCUGCUUGAGUGAAGCUGCCGCCGAGAUCAACGAAGCUCUGAGCAGCAAGGAAAAGGCUCUGGAAAAGGCCCGCAAAGCUAGAAACGAUGAGGACCCAGCUGCCAGUCAACGACGCGUGGAAGAGAUGGAAACGGCACAUGAGGAACUACAAACAAAAGUGGACAACAUGACUGCGCAAAUGGACAAGGAUGUUCGCAAGAUGAUCGAUGUCGACAACACAAUCGAAGAAAUGCAGCACACCCUCACAAACCUGAUCAAAGACGUCUCGAAUGCUGCCACUCAACGCACGCAAAGGUCUCAACGCGGUGUUGACGAAGAAGAAUACCCAGACUUCGACCCCACCGAUCCGACGAAUGCCACUCAACGUCCCCUGGCCGUCUCGUCCCUCUUCACCGAACGUGUCUCUCGAGCUAGAGACCGCUACACAGGCCAGAACAUGACCGAACGCUACUCCAAGAAUAACCACUAUGUUGGCUUCAAAUCCAUCGUCCACGAUGUCCGCUACAACCAAAACGAAGACAACCCUCUCCCACCCGCCCACCUCUGGUUCCGCGAAGACCGACCUUCACAUGGAGAAACGGCGCUAGGAGCCGAAGAUUCCGACGACGAUUUGCAAAUCGCAAAAGAAACGAUCAGCACGAAAUGUCCUUUGACGCUUCAAGAAUUCCGCGAUCCGGUCACAAGUCGCAAAUGCCCUCACUCGUUCGAACGCGAAGCAAUUACUUCCAUGAUCGAAAUGCCCAGCAAUCCCAUCCGCACCGAGGGCGUUAAGGCAGUCCAAUGUCCAGUAGGAGGAUGCCAAAGCAUCCUCACCACAUCCGACCUCCACAGCGACCCAGUACUCAAACGCAAAAUCGCCAGAUUACAAAAAGCAAACCGCGAUGCAGAGGAAGAUAGUGAUGAGGAA